AUGGGAGGUACGUCAUACCUGAUGAAUCACAAUCCCAAGGACUUCGAGGCCGUGUUCCUGAACGAAGGAGUGUGGCCGCAUCGGCCUGGCAGCGAUACUCUUCGCUAUCAUCGGAAGACUCAUAGAAAGGAUUUCUUCCAGGGAGUGGAGGGAGCUUUACCCACACAAGGAAAAACCUGGAGCGACUUUCGAUCGGCUGUAAAUCCUGUCCUAAUGCAGCCGAAGAACGUGCGGCUUUACUAUAAGAAGAUGUCCCAAGUGAACCAGGAGUUUGUGCAACGGUGCGAAGCUCCAGAUGAUUUCUUAAACGUUAUAAAUCGGUGGACCCUCGAGUCAGUCUCUGUGGUGGCUCUGGACAAGCAGUUGGGACUGCUCAAAGAGUCGGUCGAUAACGACCAGGCUGUGUUACUUUUCAAGUACCUGGACGAUUUUUUUGAAUUAACAGCCGAUCUGGAGAUGAAGCCCUCCAUCUGGCGUUACGUUAAAACACCCAAGCUAAUGAAGCUAAUGAAGUCCCUAGAUGGCGUUCAAGAAAUAACUUCAGCGUAUGUAGACGAAGCUAUAGAGCGUCUAGAGAAAGAGGCCAAGGAGGGUGUUGUCCGCCCUGAGAGCGAGCAGAGUGUACUGGAAAAGCUGCUCAAGAUCGACAAAAAGGUGGCGACGGUUAUGGCCAUGGACAUGCUAAUGGCCGGAGUGGAUACCACCUCAAGUACCUUUACAGCGGCCUUGCUGUGCCUUGCCAAGAAUCCGGAGAAGCAGGCCGUACUCCGAGAAGAGGUGAUGAAGGUUCUACCCGAGAAGGACUCCGAAUUCACUGAGGCAUCGAUGAAGAACGUUCCCUAUCCACGUGCCUGCAUCAAAGAGUCACAACGGAUCUAUCCUUUGGUCAUCGGCAAUGGCCGAUUUCUCAAUCAGGACAGCGUUUUGAGCGGAUACCAAGUGCCAGCUGGUACCUGUGUGUCGAUGGUUCCCCUGAGCUUGCUAUCAAGCGAGGAGCACUUCCCCAAGGCUGCUGAGUUCCUGCCAGAACGUUGGAUUCGUAACGCCACAGACUCCAACGGGCAAUGCCCGGCAAAUGACUUGAAGCUGAAGAAUCCGUUUGUGUUCUUGCCCUUCGGAUUUGGACCCCGGAUGUGCGUUGGAAAGCGCAUCGUGGACAUGGAGCUCGAGCUGGACAUCGCUCGACUCAUUUGGAACUUUAGCAUCGAGUUCAAUCAUCCACGGAGAACGCUUUCCGCUCCUCCCUGA